GGAGGGUUGAAAGACUAAAACACGAAAGGCAUGGAAUCUCGGUGGGUGCAGCAAUCGGACUAAGAUAGCAGGAAAUGAGACAUUGCGAGAUGGCCCGGCGAAUGACGUUUUGGGAGGAUAGACCUCGUGGGAUCCUGCCACCAAGAAUAUCAGAAGGCAGGGUCGAAAUAAGUCUGCCAGCAAGAAAUACGGUAGGCAAUCCGAUAAUGGACUGGGUGGGGGUAGAGUUGGUGGAAGAUACGGUGUACCUAGUAGUGGAGCUGGAAUGGCGUGCGAGAGGGGAGUUCGGGGGUGUAGACUUGAACCUCCCAGGGCGUGUACAUGCGACGGGAUCCUUACACCUGUCGGAAGAAGGAUGGCGGACCUUUGGGAUUGCUUUGGCUUCCGGGGAUGACCCCGUGCGAAUGUUCGAAGGGGCAUGGGAAAUAACCUGGCGGGAGGGGUUUGAGUUUGCAGACCCGGAACGAGAUGACGUAACGGCAGAGGCAAAAGUCGCCGCGGCGGGGGUUUUCGAGCUACCAAAUGAGGUCAUACGGAUGAGUCUACCACCCUUCCUGCUAAGACGAAUUGGAGGCAUAGAACGAGUGGAGCAGGCGGUGACUGCCGUAACUAGGCUAAAUUCUGACGAAGCAUUAAUGUAUCGAGAAUACUAUCGGGCCUUCCUAGAGAUGGGGCCUUUCGGGGAUGAACAAGGGCGCGAGGUGCUUUGCAUUCUACGAGCAGCGGUAAAUGCUAGGCCAGGAGUCCCACAAAUAAGUGAUGAGACGAUGUGGAGAGUCAUCCGGCGAGAGGUAGGUUGGGGCGCGACCUACAUAGAUUAUCUCUACCGGCUGUACGAACAGCAAGAGGAGGCUACUGCUCCCGGGGAACUAGGCAAAAUGGCAACGGAGGAGGAGACAGAUAACCGUAAAAAUGAAGGAGAACCAGGCUUAGAAGGCAGUGCCGCACAAAGCGAAGAGGGGAAGAAGGACAAAGAAUCGAUAAAUCCGGAUGGUACCAAAGGGAAUCGGAAGGAAAUCUCCACAGGAGAAAGCUCGGGGAAAGUCGAGGGAAGCAGGCAAGGGACUCAGGGGACCAAGGAAGGCAGAAAUAAGGAUAGGACAAACCCCCGAAACUCGAAAGGAGCCAUGCCUAAGAAAGUAAGGGUCACGGAUACGAGGCGCAAACGAGCCGAGAUAGACAAGAGGACCGCGGAAUACAGGGCAAGAUUGAUUGAGGAAAUGAUGACUGGGAACGAAAAAGGUCCUCUGCAGGAGGAACCCCGGGACGAACGGAAAGCCAGCCAAGGUGGGACUGGACAAGGGGAUAAAGGUAGUGACCGUGGGGGAACGCUGAGCAAGAGAAGGAAAAAGAGAGAGAACUCUCCGAGGAUGGAAGCAGAAAAGGCUACGACUCCGCCAGCCAUGGAUAGUAGGGCUAGCCGCCUGCCGAUCACGCCAGCAGUAGCGCGAGGAUGCGAAGGACUUUGGAGCCUUAGGGAAAGAGUGUUGGGAUGGUUUGACCCGGAAGGAACUAUGAAAACCAGGGAGGGACAGAAGGCCGACAAGGAAAGUCCGGAUAACAGUGUGGCAGGCAAGGCCAGAAGCUCCGAGGGCUGCCUUAAGAAGAUAGUGUCGUCCCUCGCGCGAGCACUAAACAAAAAUCAAGGCUAUCUGGCAGACGCCAAGAAAAAGCUGACUUUCGAUGGAGCAAACAUCACGGAGUUCCUGAUCGACUACGAGAACCUAGCUGCGUUACUAAARUGGACCGAGGAGGAAAAGWUGGACCAYCUAGGACARCAUGUGUCGUUAAGCCUAGGACGGGACAUAAUGRYCAUUGUAGCCGCAAGCCGGUYUUGGAAGGAGACCCGGGAUGUGAUGAUGAGGAAGUACCUAGCGGCAGAGAAAAUGGCAACGGAGGCCGACCUAGCGGCAGUUCAGAGGAAGAACUUCGCAACGUACAAUGAUUUCCUACGGGAAUUUACUCUAGUAGCACUAAGGAUCCCCGGGGUCACGGACCGGAUAAUGAGCAAAUAUUUCCUCAGGCAGUUCUCCGAGUUCGACAAAGACAAGAUCCUGUCAGCUUACCAACAGACGAGCAAGUUCGUAAACACGCGGGAUGUUGAUUUUAGCACGGUAACGGAUCUGGCUGAGAAAACGGUAGUAACAGAGACGUUGGCCUUGCUCAAGGAAGGAGAGAUCAUAGAUCGGACCGGUAGAACAGGCGACAAGGUAAAGAAGGGGAUUGAAAGUCUACAUGAACAGGUGCACGGGGUCGACAAUAAGAUUGAAAGGAUGGAAGGCGCGCUACUGGUUAUGCAGGCGCAAGUAUCCCGACCUGCCCUCCCUCCCCAGGAAGCUGUGGUUCCGCCAGGUGUAGCCAACCAGGGAUUCGGACAGAGAGAUCCUGCUAACGAGCAAUGCAAGUACUGUACCGCGAUAGGACAUUAUGUGCGCGCGUGCCCAAAGCUCAACCAUGAUAUUCUGAAAAGAAGGUGUACCAGGUCAUUAAAAGGGGAGAUAUUUGGACCACAAGGGGAACGGGUGAACUGGAACUCGCCAGGACGGAUGCGGCGAGCCAUUAUCAUGCUCAACGGGUUAGAAAUAACAGCCGUAGAAGCCGAACCGGUGGGCGAGAUCAUUUGGGAUCAGCUCCAGGGGCGCGGGCCGCAGGCCAACUUUAUUUUGGAAAGCGACCGACGUGAUAGGGUGAACGCAACCACUCGACUGGGAACGGCCGGGAGAAGGAUUAACCAUGACACCAUUAUGGAGGAGGUCGCCGGAAGCUCCGAACCCCAGCCGGAGCCUGAGGCCGAGGAACCAGAGAAAGUCGAUGGGAAGCCUAGGGAAGAGGAGCCUGCGGACAAGGUUACCGCCGCUAAGAAGUUUAGGUAUCAAAUCCCGAUCUUAACCUUGCCUGAGCUCGACGACACCAUUAGCAAGUUACUAGGAACCAUGGUGUCGGUGUCUUUUCAGACCAUGUUGCAAGCUAGCCCUAGGUUGCUCAAAGGGCUCAGACAACUAUUGACUCGGAGGCGAGUAGAAAUAGGCGACAACCCCGAAAUACCAGAAGGGGAGAGGGAGGAGGAAGCUCCGCAAGAAGUGGCUAACCUUCAGAGAAGUCACGGGGACUUGGAGGAUCUCGAAAAGGCCUUUGCAGACAUUCGUUUGAGCUUGCCCGACCGAGAGGGCAGCGAAGUCAUGAGAUCGCCACUCGGGACGAAGCUUAGCUUUCAUGUGCUGUCCGUAGGGAAACUGAAAAUUCAGAUCGGGAGUCAUCAUACCGACGCAUUAGUAGACGGGGGAGCAGAAAUCACUCUCAUAAGGAGAAAUUUCGCAACGAUCGCGGGAUGUAAGGUAAACAAGGAAGUAAAAGGGAGCAUCCGAGGAGCUGGCGGGAAAUCCCGUUCGCUGGAACGACGGUACUCGCAACUCAAGAAGGAAGUCCUAGCCAUCCUGCGUUGCCUUAAGACCUUCCAGACCUAUCUAUUUGGGAGGCGGUUCAUCUUAAGGAUCGAUCCGACGAAUGUCGCAGGGGCUUUAAAGAAUUACAGGCCUAUGGAUCCGACGGUAGGGAGAUGGGUAGGAUUCAUCUGGCAGUUCGAUUACAAGAUCGAACGGAUUGCUGGAAUCCGCAACAAGGCAGAUGGGCUGAGUCGGGUUUGCAUCACUCCCGAAGGGAUGGAGGAUGCAGAGCCCAUAAACGCAUUCCUCGAAUACGAAGGAGAGACUCUCGCGGUGGAUAACGAAAUGAUGAGCGGGGAAUGCACAUCGGGAGAACUAUUGAUCCAGACCUUGGAGAAGGGGGCACCUGCCGUAGUAGCAGAACUUAGAGAAGGACCAGUUACCACUCGACGACGCAGAGAAGAAAAGGACUCAUGGGGAGCGAUAGUAGGACCGAAAGAGGAACUAAUAACAAUGGUGGUCAAGGGAGGCCGGGAAGCAGUAAUGAGUUUAGUGGAAUCUUGGGAAAGGAAGGAGUUGCAAUGGGUGGUAAACCAGAUGCAGGAAGGGAAGGAUGGGGGCAAGGAAGGAGAGGAGUUUUUCUAUGUCCAAUCAUACGAAGGGCUCUUUAGGGAGAUUGGGCUGUUAUUGGUAGGAAACAAACAACCUACGGAAGUCAGUAUUAAAGCAAGAGAAGAAGCCGAAAGGUACGUCCUAAGGGGCGGGCAUUUGUUCCGAAAGGAGGAAGGGGCUAUGCCUAGAAGGGUGGUGUGCGGAAGAUCUAGGCAAGUAGACGUUAUCCAGGCAACGCACGAUGGGUUGGCUGGGGGUCAUCGGUCGUCCAAGGGAACGCUUGCAAAGAUGACGCCACUCUAUUACUGGCCAUGCAUGGCAGGCAUGGUCGCCAUAUACUACCAGACUUGCCUUAUUUGCCAAGAACGAAGCUCGGGGCGGGUCUUCGAGCCGCUUAGACCAACGCGGGUGCUAGGACCGGGGCAUCUGGUCCACCUCGACCUUGCGGUCAUGCCUGUAUCAACGGAUGGGUACAGGUAUAUCGUGGAUGCGCGAGACAACCUGAGUGGGUUUGUGGAGGUAGUCGCCCUCAAGAAAACGACAGGGAGGAGUGUGGCGGACUGGAUAGAAGACUUCUAUUUGAGGUAUCCGUUCGUCAGGAGGUUUAUAGCAGACAAUGGGACGGAGUUUGUGAACCAAGAAGUAUUGGGGAUGCUUAAGAGAUUCUGCUUGAGAAGAGCGGAGUACCCUGAAGUCGAUUUGCCAGCAACAUGUUACGGAGACGCAGCUGAGCCUGGCCAAGAUUUAUAAGACGGUGAUCUUUCAGGAAGACGAAACCAAGGUGAAGCAGUAGGUUCGAUUUGCAAGCAGAGUCUCCACCUGGUACAGCUCCAGCACGAGGUUUGACAGUUGUACUCGUUGCUCGUCCGGCCAUGUCGAACUGGUCCCGCUUCUGGUUCCUUAAUCCCAGUUCUGAAUCUGGCCUCAUCUGAAGUUCAGUUCUAUUUGUAGUUCCAAGGCAACCUGCAGAUGCAGUCUCUGUCCCAGUUCCAGUUCUUCCCUGUGGUUCUACUGCUGGUCACAGGCCCAUUUCCAGCUUCAGGUGCAGUUCCCGUUCCGUGUGAAGCUGCUGUUCCAGUUCCAGUUUCAGUUUCAGUUUUCCAGUUCCAGUUUCAGUUUCAGUUCCAAUCCAGUUUCAGUUCCAGUUCCAAUUCCAGUUUCAGUUUCACUCCGAAUUUCGGCCGCAUUUGCAGUUCUCAUUCUGGCUUCAGUUCUGACCUUGUCUCAGUUGCGUUGCCAGUUCCAAUCCUGCGGCGGUUCCUGUUCUGGUUCCAGUUCGAGUUAAGUCUCAAGUCCAGCUUCCGUUCCAAUUGUGGUUCCAUUUCUGGCUAUGCUUGUGGUCCCAAUUCUGGCUAUGCUUGUGGUCCCAUUUCUGGCUAUGCUUGUGGUUCCAAUUCUGGCUCUGUUUCUGGGGCCAUUUCCACUUCCGUUUCUGGUUCCAAUCCUGGUUCUCUUUCUGGCUCAUUUCUAGGUCUGUUUCUGGUUCCAAUUGUGGUUCCAGUUCUAGUUUCAAUUGUGUUUCCAGUUCUGAACUUCCAUUUCGGUUUUUUUCCAGUGUCAGUUGCUGUUUGGAUUCCUCUGCCGAUUGCUCUUCCAGUCGCUUUUGCAUGGUCAUCUCAGAGUUGGAAUCCUUUACAGUUCCAGUUGCUGUCUUGGUCCCAAAAAUCUACCGCCUUUCCUCGAAUGGAAUGUACUGUCGUCCAUAAAGAGCACCGCAAAAGGCCAAGUCAACAGUUCUUGCAAGAAAGGUAAACGAGACAGCCUAGAAGCUGAGAGGAACAGACGAGAUGGAGCCCAAGUGGCCAGGCUUUAAGUGUAGAGUGAAUGGAUCUCUAGUACAGCAAUGAAGGGUAGGAGAGAAAUAGUACAGGCUAACUUAGGCAGAGGUAAGGAGCGGUACAUCCUUCCGGUUGGAAGUAAUCAAUGCCGGCCUUGGGC